UCUCUCUUAACUCUCAGCAAAAAAAGGAUCUAGAGUUCGGAAGUAAAUAGUUUCGGUUUCUUGGCUUGUCUAGCGACCCCUCCGCACUUGCGCUGGCCUCCGGCCUCGUGGGCGUGGUUUGGGGGUUGCUUGACGGGCUGCUAUGUUUUCUUUGGUGGUUGGUGAGUCGUGUUCUCUUCCUUUUUCUACCUGAGUUGGUUGCGGCUUCAGAGUGACUUUUGGGUUCUGACCAGAGAUCCUUUUCUUUCGUUAUGUUAUUCCUGAUCGGAUUGCUCGCUAGAGUUUGGGAUUUGUGGGAUCGAAGGGGGUGGUGGUGUGCGGUGGACUUGUGGUGGAGACGUAGAUGUUGGAUGAGGUCUGGGUGGGAAUUGUGGAAUGUUGGUUGGUUGCAGUUGGUGAAUUUCAAAUUAUUCGUUUUUGCUUGGAUCUGGCCAGAAUCUCUGAUGAUCGCUUUCGAUAGUCGAUUACUGGCAGAGAAUCAACGUAAUGGGGAGCUGCCCCUCCACAUAUAUUGGCGGUAUUGGUAUAUGGUGUCGGAAGGGGUUAGUCUCUUCUUGAGGUUGAUUGUAAGGAUGUAUCAGAACUCCUGGGAUAAGUUAAUGUUUGUGGUUAAAGUUAGGCCUCUAUCGCCUCAUGGUAUCUGUAACUGCCAGUUCUAUAUUUGGGGAGCUGUGCUCGUGGUCGGCACGUGUCUCAGACGCUGACGAGGCGGAAGCAUACAAGUACCGGGAAUCCAUUGGACAACGAAACA